AUGGAGCAGCUGGAAGAGGAACUCACGUGCCCAAUCUGCUGCGGUCUCGACGACCCGCGCGUGUUGCUGUGCUCCCACAGCUUUUGCAAGAAAUGCUUGGAGGGACUCUUGGAGGGGAACCGAGGUCCCGCUUUCAGAACUCCAUUCAGGUGCCCCACAUGCCGCAAAGAGACCCCUCACAACGGCGCAAGCAGCCUGCAGAUCAACUACUCUCUGCGGGGGAUAGUGGAAAAAUACAGCAAAAUAAGGCGCGCGCCUAAAAUGUCUGAAUGUAAGCAACACUGCGGCCAGCCGCUCAACAUAUUUUGCGCCACGGACUUAAAUCUGAUUUGUGGGUUUUGCGCAACAACGGACGACCACAAAGGACAUGCGUUCUGCUCCGUGGAGGAGGCGCACGGGCGUGAGAAGGAGGCGUUUGAAGUGCUGCUUCUCGGGCUGAAGAGCUGGCAGAGCACAGACGUGCUGUCCUGCCUGGAGACACGGCAAGCCAGUAAGAAAAGAGCGCUUCUGUCUUUGACCCAGGACGCAGAGAAGGUGACAGACUACUUCGACAGACUCAUCAGCACCAUUGAAUGUAAAAAGAAUGAAAUCCUUUCCGACUUCGAGACCCUGAAGCUGGGGGUGUUGCAAGACUACGACCCGGUGAUCACCGGGCUGAGCGCAACGAUGGAGGACCAUCGGCGCGCGCUCAGCUUCGCCGAGUCCCUCCCGAGCGUCGCCGACCCCCUGCGCUUUCUGCAGAAGAUGCGGGAGUUUCGAGAGAAGUUGAAGGUCCUCCCCACCACGCCGCCUCCUCUGCCCUCCCGGGGAGACUCGGACGUCGGCGCCCUCGUGCGCAAUUUCGACGUCAAAAAGUGGGACUCGCUGAGGCUCCGAGAAGUGGACCGGAUCUCGGUGCCGCACGAGAAUGGCUCGUACCGCACGGGAGGCUCCCAGAUGGCGGCGCCCAGCUGGAUCCGCUUGAAUUUGUGUAUGAUUGUGUUACUGUCAACAACAACAACACUGAUGCUGCAGCCGCACGACCUCGCAUCCUACGUGCCCUCGCAGAUUGAACCGUUGCUCGCCGCCGCGUCCUCGUACCUUACCCACACCGGCGCGCACCUGCGGGAAAUAGCUGGCAUGUGCGCAAGUUUCCUGGGCGACGGCCAGGAGUGUAUCUGGGACUUAAUUGACUCCGCUGUCAAUUUUAUUGAUCAUUUAUAAGUUUCUUUUUUUGACUACUUGCCUUUGGCAUCUCCGCCGUGCACUCGCGGCUCCAAAUUGUCACCGAGCGUCCCGCGAGGUGCAUUACAUUUGGAUCAGAUAUGCACCUGAGUGUAUAUGUAUAUGUAUAUGUAUAUGUAUAUAUAUAUAUUAUAUAUAUAUAUAUAUAUAUAUAUAUAUAUAUGGAAACACUUAUUUGUUUACCGUGUCUCCUUGUUUGCCUUUUUGUUUUUCCCGACCUCCAUAGAGUCUAAUCAAACCGCACAGAGGUCGAAGAAAUGUUUACUUUUUUUUUAUAAAUACAUGGCACAUUUAUAAAUGCCAUGAUGGUUUUGAUAAAUAAAACGGAGAUGGCGGUCACAUCCGUGAGUGUGUUUUUUAGAUUAAGUAAGUAUCAAUAUAGUGACACAAUCGAGCCUCGUGAACUAAAGCAGCGUGUAAUAAUAAACCAAAUGUACCGGGGAAUCCGUGCACUUCUUCCCCGCAGAGCGCGUCCGCUCCAACGGUGAUGCUGCUGCAACCUCUUCAAGGUUACACGCGUUGCAUAACAGGGCCCGUGAGAAAUGUUCACCAUGGCUGCAGUGAGGGAGGAGGAGGAGGAGGAGGAGAAGAAGAAGACGACGACGACGACGGUCCUAUGUGUUUAUGAUGUUUUCUUGAAUCUCAAACAGCUGACUGCUCUUUUCUCUCUCCCUAUAACAACACGUAAGCACGGGUGCGUGGUUGUCGCGCGUGUUGGGCACAACUCGCUCUAUUUCCACACGAGAGCUAUUUGCGGAGGUACAUGUGACUCAGUCGAUCUGCAGCCCGUUAAAGUAAAGGAAAACAACUACAAAAACACUGGCCUAUUUCAGUUUUGCUAUAUGCAUUUGAAUUGGUAGAAAACGGACUUGCCUGAAAUCAAAACGCAAAUGGAAUUUGAGUUCUUAAACUGAUUUCAAAUGCAGGGUUUAUAUAGCGCAGAGGUUUUUGGCAUAUUACCAAAAACGGACUUUAUUAAAAUGGGUCAGAGCAAAAGGACACACGUGUAAAUUGUGCAUUGAUUAGUGAUCCUUCUAUUUAUUUAUGUAUUCAAUCAUUCUCCCGAGGAGAGCUGCAUUUGUUAAAAGACAUAAAUCCUAAAUUCGGACCACAAAAGUGAAUCCGUGAUGUCAGCACUGACCAUAAUUCAGG